AUGGCAGGAAUGAGCGCAUCAGGCAUACCGCUGGAGAUAUCUUGCAAUUAUUGCCAGAACUAUGCAAAGGAUAAGAGGACACUGCAGAAAUGCGCAAGGUGCAGGACAAGCCUUUACUGUUCGCGAGAUUGUCAAAAGAAGGAUUGGCCAACUCAUAAGCCGGCCUGCUCUCCACCGGACGAGCAACGAGAGUUCGUGCAAAAAUCCAUCCUUCGUCUACAAAAGGACGAUCGCCAGUUCCUUGCCCUCCAAUAUGCCCUCGCGCACAAUCUUCUAGAAGACCAUGGCGCCCCGCCUGACCACCGCAAACUCUGGGUGCUCGUCGCGCUCGUCAUUCUCCACCCAUUACACGAGCCGGAUUUCUUUUCUCUCUUCCGCCUUCCCAACCAACCUUCGUCCGCAAAACCUUUUACAGAGAAGAGUAUCGCGAGCGGUGUUCGCAUCACCGGCUUUAUCGAUGCCUCCGACACGAAAAAGCACACUUUGGACACGAACAUGUUGGCGAUAUGGAAUAAGUAUCGCGCGUUUCUGGACAAGCAUGGGCGAGAGAAGGCGCUUGCGGUGCUCGUCCAAUUCCAGUGGCGUGGGAUGUGUGUAUUCGUGUCCCCUAUUGGUAUUGAUCCUGAAGAGUUCGAGGACGCGAAGAAGGCGGCAAAGGAGACGCCGCCUGAGUCAUGGGGGAUACGAUCAACGAACUCAUUCUUGCUGUGA